GAGGGAGUGUUCAGUCGGUCGGCACCGUAAAGGAGCGACGGUGAUCUAACGGGAAGAAAUAACCGGUCAUCUGAUUCUCUAACCGAGGGGCUCUGUUGGCCUUGUCUCCGGUAGUCGAGUUUCUCCGGUCCGGUGUAUUAGAACCGUGAGGAGCGAAAGAAGCGUUCGGUGCGCCCCGUGGCUCGUGUUUACCGGAGUGAUGGAGGACGCGGCGGGGUGCGGGGUGUGUGGGGUGAAGGUGAUGUGUCGCUUCAGACCGCUGAACGACGCGGAACGGAGCCGAGGAGACAAAUACAUCCCCAAAUUUAACGGCGAGGAGACGGUGGUGGUGUCGGGGAAGCCGUAUGUGUUUGACCGAGUUCUUCCUCCAAACACUGAGCAGGUUCAGGUCUACGACACCUGCGCCAGACAAAUUGUUAAUGAUGUGCUAGGAGGAUAUAACGGAACCAUCUUUGCUUACGGUCAGACGGCAUCAGGAAAGACACACACCAUGGAGGGUAUCCUGCACGACCCACAUUUGAUGGGAAUCAUCCCUCGUAUCUCCAGAGACAUCUUUGACCACAUCUACUCCAUGGACGAAAACCUGGAGUUUCACAUUAAGGUCUCUUAUUUCGAAAUAUAUCUGGAUAAAAUCAGAGACUUGCUGGACGUGUCAAAGACAAACCUGUCAGUUCACGAGGACAAAAACAGGGUUCCCUUUGUGAAGGGCUGCACAGAGCGCUUUGUUUCUAGUCCUGAUGAAGUGAUGGACGUCAUCGACGAAGGAAAAGCAAACAGACAUGUCGCCGUCACUAACAUGAACGAGCACAGCUCUCGUAGUCACAGUAUUUUUCUGAUCAACAUCAAGCAGGAAAACAUGGAGACAGAGCUGAAACUGUCGGGGAAACUUUACUUGGUUGAUCUUGCCGGCAGUGAGAAGGUUAGUAAAACUGGAGCAGAAGGUUCUGUGUUGGACGAAGCCAAGAACAUCAACAAGUCUCUUUCAGCUCUGGGAAACGUGAUCUCUGCUCUGAGUGAAGGAACCAAAACCCACGUCCCGUACAGAGACAGUAAGAUGACUCGGAUUCUGCAGGACUCUCUGGGAGGAAACUGUAGAACCACCAUCAUCAUCUGCUGCUCUCCUUCUGUGUACAAUGAGGCUGAAACCAAGUCCACCCUCAUGUUUGGACAGAGAGCUAAAACCAUAAAGAACACAGUGUCUAUGAACCUGGAGCUGACUGCCGAGGAGUGGAAGAAGAAGUACGAGAAAGAGAAGGAGAAGAACCGGAGCCUCAAUAUCAUGAUACAGAAGCAAGAGAACGAGCUGAAACGCUGGAGGAAAGGGGAUUCUGUACCUGUGGAGGAGCAGCUAAGCAGCAGAAACAAGAAGAGCAACAGUGAGACAACAGUGGUGAUGGACAGCUUGGCCCCACCCCCUCUCCCACUGUCAGACGAACAGAAGACGCAGUACGAGGCGCUUAUCAGCGACUUGUACCACCAGCUGGACGACAAGGAUGAUGAGAUCAACCAUCAGAGUCAGACUGCAGAGGAACUAAAACAGCAGCUUAUUGAUCAGGACGAGAUGUUGGUGUUGAGCCGCCAGGAAUAUGAGCGUGUGCAGGAGGAACUGUCCCGGCUGCACAGGGAAUGUGACUCGGCCAAAGAGGAGGUAAAGGAGGUGUUGCAGGCGCUGGAGGAGCUUGCCGUCAACUACGACCACAAGAGCCAAGAAGUGGAGAACAAGAACCGCUGCAAUGAUCAGCUGAAUGAGGAGCUAGUACGCAAAACUGUUAGUCUGGAGGCAGUUCAGAGGGACCUGGCCACCCUGAAUGAGGUCAGUUCUCAUCAUAAGAAGAGGUCAGCAGAUAUUCUCAGUCUGCUGCUGAGAGACCUCAGUGAUAUUGGCAGCGUUCUCGGAACUACUGACCUCAAAGCCAUGACGGAGACGAGUGGUGUGUUGGAGGAAGAGUUUACCACAGCUCGUCUCUACAUUAGUAAAAUGAAGUCCGAGGUAAAAUCUCUGGUGAACCGCAGUAGACAGCUGGAAAUCAACCUGACGGAGAACAUCUGCAAGAUGGAGGCUAAUGAAAAGGAGCUCAACAGCUGUCAACUCCUUGUUGCACAGCUCCGGGCGAAGAUUGCGUCUCUGACAGACGACCUGCACAGGAUGGAGCAGAAGAAGAGGAAGCUGGAAGAGAGUCAGGACGGUCUGGUGGAGGAGGUCGCCAAACUCAACGCUCAAGGUCAAAUGCACGAAGUGACGGUGAUGGACAAAGAGAAAGAACAUAUGAGCAGACUGAAAGAUGCUGUUGAGAUGAAGAGAACUCUGGAGGAACAGAUGGAGAACCACAGAGAAGUUCAUCACAAACAGUUGAGUGGCCUACGUGACGAGAUCGAGCAGAAGCAUAAAAAUGUUGACCAACUCAAAGAUGUGAAUCAGGCAUUGCAGCUGGAGAACCAGAAGCUUCGGUCUGAUUUUGACAAACUUAAAGCCGAGGAUCAGAACAAAGGCCAGAAACUUCAAAAACUACUGUUCCUGAAUGAGAAAAGAGAACAAGCCAAAGAGGACCUGAAGGGUCUAGAGGAGACUGUGGCCAAAGAGCUGCAGACGCUGACCACCCUCCGUAAAGUCUUCAUCCAAGACCUCAGCACUCGAGUCAAGAACAGUUCAGAGAAUGAUUGCGACGAGGCUGGCGGUAGUAUGGCUCAGAGACAAAGGAUUAUUUUCUUAGAAAAUAACCUGGAGCAGCUCAGCAAGGUCCACAAACAGCUUGUACGGGACAAUGCAGACCUUCGCUGCGAGUUACCUAAGCUAGAGAAGCGUCUGCGGGCAUCAGCGGAACGAGUAAAAGUUAUGGAAGCUGCCCUGAGAGAAGCCAAGGAGUCGAUUGUGAGGGACCGUAAACGCUAUCAACAGGAAGUGGACCGGAUCAAAGAGGCUGUUCGGACCAAGAAUGUCUCCAGGAGAGUGCACUCUGCACAGAUCGCCAAGCCAAUCAGAGCUGGACAUCAGCAUCAUCAGCACCCAUCCGCCUCUCCAUCCAUCAGACCGACCAUUCGAGGAGGGGGGGUGAGGUCUAAUCCACGUCACCAUUCCCCACACCAACCACCCCAACAACAACCCCAUCAGAGCCAAAUCAAGUAAGCUACAGGUGGCAGACAAGAGCCGAUGAGUUUCCUUUUCUGUGGACUUUUUGAACUCUCCUGCUCUCACCACUCUGCCUUUACUGGAACCAGACUCCUUGUUUCUACGAUUUUCCACCUGAACAGCCGUUCAACCUGUACAGCUGUUCCACUGUAACUGCCGUUUCACCUUAAAAGCUGUUCCACCGUGGCAGCCGUUUCACUGUAACGGUCAUUCCACCUUGACAGCCCUCUUACCUUAACAGCCAUUCCACCUUAACAGAUAUUAAGUGCUUAUUUCCUUGUCUCAAUCUUCUCCAAGUCAGUUUUUUCUGACCUAGUUAAUUAAGGGUGAUUCGUUGACUAACAAGUUGAUGGAGUUAAAAAUUACAUUUGAUAAGUUAAGUGUUGAUAUAUUGAUAUUGUACAACGUGGAUGUUAUUAAAAGAACUUUCCUGGAGGAGAGCAGCUCUGAAAACGGAACUUCAAGUUGAAUCCAGUUAAAGCUUCUUCAAUUUAGUGUCGUUAAGGUCGCAGUGGUCUUGUGGCCAGCAGCUAAGACGCUAACCUGGCAAACUGCUUUUUCUCCAGGAGAUUGUUCCUGGUAGCAGACAGAAUUCCAUAGUGACAACUAAAAUAUGAAACGUUAAAUUUAAUAAACUUUUUAAUUACCAUUUUAAUUCAUUAAAUGAUUAAUUUGAUAAGUAAAAUUAAAGGUGAAUAUAGGUUAUCUGCAAUUAACAGGAUUUGGAUGAUAAUUACUUUAAUCUAGAAAUGUUCAGGGUUUAUUCAGGUAACAGAUUUUGAUCCAUGUUUUAUGGAAAAUGUAUUAAUAAAUCACAAGUUUGGGGAAAUAAUUAGAACAUUUCACCCUUUUUAAUCCAGCAAAAUGCGUUAUUGUAAAACGUAAUAAUAUCUGAGAUUUAUAUCUCCCAAUUUUGAGAUAGCAAGAUUGAAAGAACAAUAUUGUCUUAAAGGUGAUUGUAUUUCACCUAAAUCUGAGAAAAGAUUGAUGUGAUGAAUUAUCUUUGUACAGUUCCUUUUCAUGAUAAAAUCUAUCCCUGCUCAGCUCAGCAACUUAUAUUUCCUCCACGGUUAUUAUAUUUCAUGUGGAACUCCUGUGCUUUAAUCUUGAAAUAAUAUAUAGAAUGGGCACCAUUCAUCAUCUGGAUAUUGUAUCCCAUCAGGAAAAUAAAUACAUGAACAGUUGGGACUGAUAAAAUAAAACCAAAUAUAUGUUCAUGUACCAAAGAAAAUAUAAAGAUUAAAGACAAACAAAUUCAGGUUGUAACCUUAUUCAGUUAGAAUCUUUCCUUCCAAAAGCACAAUUUACCCUCAACUGUAUUGUCACAGCCCAAAUCAGGGCAGGAAAAGCAGGGAGACAAACAAAGAAGCAGCAAUUUAUUUUUAACAACCCUAAAUAAACCAAUGUAAUUGGAUGCAUCAGUUAUAAGCAGUGAAAUAUAUGAAUGGAUGAAUGUACAGGACUGUGUCCACAAGAACAAAGCCUAGAAAAGGCAGAGCCCGAGGAAUGAAUGAGUUGGCAGAGCAGACAAACCGUAGCUCAUGCAUGUCUCAUGAUGCUGAUUAAGAAAAUUAUGAUCUUUGAAAGAAUAGAAGAACAGAAAAAAUAAGUUAUGACUUCCCAAAUAAUUAUUACUGUAGAAGUUCCUUAAUUAUUGAAAUAUUGGCCCAUCCUUUGAUUAAGCUGUGUGAUUAUGUAGAUUUGGAUUCAUUAUUCCUAACCGUUUUUAUUGUCCUGGACUGAAUGUUAUAGCUUGUGUUUUGUAUUCAUCACAGUUGUUUUUACAGAUUAAUUUAGUGAUUUACCUUUUUGUUUGUUGAUGUUCAUCGGCUCAGAAUGUUGUAAACGUUCAAGUCUAAACAGUGUUGAUCUGGUACUGUGUUUUCCUAUAAGUGUUGUAGCUGAAAUUAUCUGAAUCAUGAGCAUUUAAUCUGAGAAGCACAGUCUUUUAGACCCGCUGUUUGUUGAACCAGUGUUUGCCUGUGCUUCAUGUAUUAAUAAACUGUAGUCCAGUUA